GAUAAAGCCAUGGCGAAGACGUCAAAUGCACCACUAUCAAGCUAUCCUUAUGGCUCAUUCACACCGACGUUUGAGGAAUGGUCUGCCCUCCAGCAAUCCGGUCAACCUCCGCAGCUAUCAUUUCCUCCAUUUCCACAAGCUGCGUUGGUUAACAAUCUUAGCUCCUAUGCCGAUGCAGCUCAUGAGACGUUUGCUUUCAGUUCACACCAAUCUUCCGAAGGCUAUCUUAAUCACUAUAGUGAAAAAGCUGCGAGUGUCUCCAGCCAAUUCGUGCACCCUCCCUCUUCACCUUCUUUUGAGAACGUUCGUGGACAAGUCACGGGGUCUGAUUUCAUCCGACCUAAAUCUCAUCUGACAGACAGGAGCGACAAGCCGAACCUGGAACAUACCGUGAGCACAACGCGCGUCUCGAUCUCCGAUAUCGUGGAGAAGUCUACAGGGGAAUGUCAUGCAUCCGCGCAGACAAACCCGUUGAAACGAAAGGCUGCUGACUUUGAAGCCGACAUGGCGGUCUCGAACACCAGCAGCCUCGACAAUCAUACGGCUGUGUUGGAAGAUAGUUCUUUUCCAGAUGCUCAGCCACGACCAGUCAUACAGGGUCCAGCCCUUUCCGAAUCUCAGCUGACGGAGAUCCCGGCUCAGACUGAGCCUAAACCCGCUCAUCCUACGGAUAUCGAUGCUAAACAAGCGGAUCAGCGACGAAAGCGUGUGAAGACUGCGAGAGAGCGUGGUGGUAACUUCAUGCGGUACGCUGCCACUGCUGUCAUGGGCGCAGUUGUUGGUAGCAUUGCCACCGUUGCUACUCUGGCAUCUCUCCCUCCUGAUUUCUUUGAUUAG